AUCACAUUGAAGUGACAGCAUUAGUAAAUAUCCGCUUGUGAUCUCACAGCGUGAGUGUCAUUUGUCCCUUACUCUGCAAUAUACAUAGGGCCUUCUGCAGAAGCGGAGUUACUGGUUUCGUAAGAUUUUAAUCAUUAACCAGUCAAACACGGAUUCCAGUUGGUCAUUUUCACCAUUGUCAUUACCAGGCGACAAAGAAAGCAUCCAGAAGAUAUCGACCAUAUCAAAAUUUGGUUUAUUAAUCCUGAGCAAGUAUGACGGAUAUCACCGGUGCUGAAUAUGAAAUCGACGUAGAGACUCUGGAGGCGGAGGGCGACGAUCAAGCGGGAUUCGCGACUCUGUCGAGCGCAGGGGAGGACGACCCGGGCUCCAAAGACGAUGAAAAGUCGGGGCACGCCAACCUGUGUACAGGCGAGCAGAGGAAACUCAGUCGGACUCCGAAAUGCGCUCGCUGCAGGAACCACGGCGUGGUGUCGUGCUUAAAGGGCCACAAGAGAUUCUGUCGGUGGCGGGACUGUCAGUGCGCAAACUGUCUGCUCGUAGUGGAAAGGCAGCGUGUUAUGGCAGCUCAGGUGGCGCUCAGAAGACAGCAAGCGACAGAGGAUAAAAAGGGUAUUUCAGGAAAACAGAUACCAGCAGAAAGACGCACUAUCUAUCAGAGACACAUUCGGCCUUCGACCAUGUUGGCUAAAAGUAUUCUUGAAGGCUACAGGCCUGUUCAGUCUGACCCCUUCCUCAGCAGUAGCCCGACUCUGCCUCCUCCACUGAGCGACCGCAUGCGCAAACGACGAGCCUUCGCCGACAAAGAGCUUGAGAGCAUCAUGCUGGAGCGCGAAUACAAGGAGCGCGAGCUGCUCGAGACCGGCCAGGCCGCCUCGGCUGCUGCGUCCCUCUUCCUGCCCGGGGGCAUGGUCCACGCCGCCGAGUACAACUCCUACAAGGCGGCCUUCUCCUCGGCCGCUGCUGACCACCCCUCCGCCGCCCUGGCCCCUCCGCCCAAAGAGCUGUGCGGCUUCCUGCCCGGCUGCCUGGACCUGUCAGUGCAAUACGCCGCCGGCCCUGCCAACGUGGAACUCAUCUCGUCAAACGUGAGCGUGGCCACCACCUACCGGCAGUACCCACUGACGCCGCGCUUCCUGGUGUGGCCUCGCAGCGGAGGUGGCGGCGGCGGUGUGGGGAGCGGUGCCGGGGGCGUGAGCAGCGUCGGGGACGCCCUCCUCUAUCAGCAGUGCCUCCUCAACGCCACGGCCAUGCAGAACCUCAAGCCGGGCGCCGUGUGGGAGCCUAUGAUGAUGGCGUCGGUGGCGUCCGAGAGCCACUCGCCCGAGAGCCAGGACGCGGCGGCCUCCAAGCUGGAGGGGUCACGGGCGGCCGCCGAGCUGAGCGAGCUGCAGCAGAGCCAGACAGGAGGGGGAGGAGGAGGAGGUGGGGAGGUCAUCCAGCAGGCUAGCCUCGCCCAGGUCCACAGGGAGUGCUCGGCCUUCUCCCCGCCAAAGAGAGGCUUCAGCCAGGUCUACCAGGGUGCAUCCACACCACCACCAACAGCUAGCCACCACCACCACCACCAGCAGCAGCACCAUCAACCGCACCACCACAACCCUCACAACCCCCAUGAGCACGUCCUCAACAAGCUGAGCAAGCACAGCGCCAAGCACACACUUUCCAUGAAGCUCAACCCGUUCCACUCGCUCAUCCAGCAGACGCUGAGCGAGAAGUCUGGCGCCGGCCGAGAGCUGCGCGGACCCUGCUGCAAGGACCUGCUGGAGGAGGCCGCCAGGAAGUACCGAGAGAGCGCUGCCCUGGAUGAGCUCGGCAGCCUUAAGGCGCUCGACAGAGACAGGCUCGCCAAAGACUUCAUUGUCAAGUCGCCUAUCGGGACCAAGGUCUCGUCCAGCGAAAUGCUGUCGUUCUCGGUGGAGGCCAUACUAAAGAGACCCUCGCCCUCUCUCAAUAGAACAUCUCAGUAAGGACUUGACUAAAUAUGUCAGUUGUUUUUUUCCCCCUUGUUUGUUGUUUUGUGUGUCAUACCCAACUAUGCAAAUUGUCCUAAAACAUUUCUAUGGGAUCUUUGACUGCCUAAUGCCCAUAAUCUCUGCAGCUCUUCUAGUACUUGUGUAAAUAUUAAUGCAAUGAAAACCUAUGAUAUGCAAAAUGAGCAUGAUGUACAUCACUGUAUGAUUUAGAGUAUUUAAAUGUAUUCAUGAUGUCAAUAAACCCUUUUAUAUGUAAA